UCUUUCAUCAUUCUGCACCUUUAUCUGUUAACAAUGGUGUAUUACCAUUGAUUUUCACAUGGUAUCAGGAGCAAGAUCUCCACCAUUGGCUUCCGCAUCGUCAUCUUCGUUAACUCACAUUUCUCGUUUUAAUUCCUUCACAUCAGGUUCAACAUCUUGUUGACCUUUCUUGAACUUUCUUCUUCAAGAUCAAUCUGUUUCAUUCAAGAUUCUCAGCUGAGAAUUCUCUUUUUGCCGCCAUUGUCGUCAUGACGGAAGAACACUCCACAAACAAUGGCAAUCCAAGUAACACAAGAGCAUAUCAAACUGAUAUACUCAGUCCAUACUUCAUGCAUCCGAAUGAAAAUCCUGGUAAUGUUCUAGCCACUCCUCUCUUAUCCGGUACCAAUUACCAUUCGUGGUCACGAGCUGUGCAGGUCGCGCUUCGUUCCAAACACAAACUUCAUUUCAUCAAUGGUGCCUUGCCUCGUCCUCCUGAUGAAGAUAGAGAUUCUAUUGCGUGGGAUCGAUGCAACACCAUGAUUAUGUCUUGGCUCAGUAACUCUGUAGAACCAGAAAUUUCGCAGAGCAUUCUUUGGAUGGAGACUGCAGCAGAAAUAUGGAGUGAGCUCAAAGAACGAUUCUACCAAGGUGAUGUUUUUCGUAUUUCUGAUAUUCAGGAAGAAAUUUACACAUUGAAACAAGGAGAUUGUACAAUUUCUGCUUAUUACACGAAAAUGAAGAAAUUGUGGCAGGAGCUUGAUAAUUUUCGUCCUAUUCCACACACUGGUUGUCACGAUGCAUGCUUAGUGCUUGACAAAAUGCGCAAUUAUAGGGACAAUGACCAAGUUAUUCGCUUUCUAAAAGGACUCAGUGAGCAAUAUGCAGCUGUUCGUUCCCAAAUCAUGCUUAUGGAACCUCUUCCAAGCAUUGGCAAAGUAUAUUCCCUUCUUGUUCAGCAAGAACGACAAACUCUCCUUCAAUUUGAUGAAUCCAAGAUCCUUGCUGCUUCUCAGAAUCAAUAUGCUGGCAGAAAUGUCUCCUCUCAACGGGGUAGAGGAGGAAGAUUCAGCACUGGUCGCGGCAGAGGAAGAACCAACCGUGUCUGCACUUACUGUGGUAUGACUAACCACACCAUCGACCAAUGCUUCAAGAAACAUGGUUACCCUCCACAUAUGCAGCAAGGAGGCACUGUGAAUAACUGUCAACAAAAUGGGGAAGAAGAUGACACCAAAUCUGUAGCAUAUGAAGAGGACAAUGGUGAAUCUGACAAAGGGUAUAUGUCCUUCACUCCAGACCAGCACAAAGCCUUGUUAGCACUUCUCCAACAAUCAAAUCAUGUGCAGUCUCAUAGUGUUAAUCAGCUCACUACCAAGCCCCUCGACCAAACAGGAUUCCUCAUCCAAGAGAAUGAUUGGUGUAGCUGAGAUGAAUCAUGGUCUGUAUGUCCUCACUCAACCACACAUCAGCUCCAUGAAAACUCUCCCUAGUAACACCCUGUAUCAAAC